AUGAUGUCUACCGAUACGAUGUAUUUUAAUAGCUCACGAUCUAUGCCGAGCCAUAGAGGCCGUCAUCAGAAACAAACACGAUUGCAAAAACCUGAUAGGCGAAUGGAGAACCAGAUAAAGCUUAGAAAGCAGCAGUCUGCAGAACCUCCUGUCGUUUCCAAUCAGGAUCAUGAGACUGCUAUGUCACAAUUUGCUUACUCUGGUUAUGGAAAUCAAGGAACUUCGCUGACCACUGCUUCAUCUGAGGCGAUGGAUACCAUGGGUUUUGUAUCAGAUGACUUGAAGCAACUACUUUCUAUGACAGAUUCAAACAAAAAAGAGAACAGCUCUCCGCAACUUAACCACAACCAACAACAACAACAGCCACUGCCUGUUUCGAACUCACCAAGAUUGAGCCCAUCCGGAACUUACCAGCAAUCCCCUUUACCCCCCAACCAAGGACUCUACGGACCUAUGAUGGUCCCUCCACCAUUUUUAAUGAGCAAUGUGCCAAAACUAGGUCCACAUCCCUACGCUGGUAUUGCAAAUGGUCCUGGUAUGUUGCCUAUGUAUGUUCCUAUGAAUGCUGGUCGUCCAAUCAACCAACCUCCUGCAUACCCUCAAGCAAUGUACAAUGCGACUCACCAACAAGGUAUUGCAUUCCCACCGCAACAACUUUUUCAACAUCAACAAUUACAUUCAUCACAGCCACAACCACAACAAGUCCAACAAGUUCAGCAACAAAAACUGCAAUCUCCAGCUCCAAAUAAUGCACAGAUUACAAAAUCAUCUGUGGAGCCGCAAACUGUUGUAGGUAACACAGAACAAACCAAACAACCUGCAUCUGACAACAAACAGAUUUCAAAAUCUCCCAAAGAAGAAUCUCGUCAACAACGUUCUGAGAACUCUUCAUCUCAUUCAAAAACAAAAUCCUCAAAGAAGAGGAAUGCGAGAAAGAACGACAGUAUCCCUCCACAACAGGUUCCAGUUUCGUUUUCAUCACCAUCUGCUCCAUCUUCCAGAUCUUCGAAAAGCAGCAACAAGAAAAGCAAUCAUAUGAGGUCUGAAUCAAGAUCUGAUGAUCAUAGCAAAUGUUAUGCUGGUGCUACGUUUGCUACAGAAGCUCCUCAGGUAACCACCUUGCCGAAACCAAGUUUCGUUUGA